AACGUAGCGAAGCUGCAAAAACAAUGUUUGAAGAAUGAUAAGAUUUCUUAUGGGUAACAAAAAGAGAGAUAAGACGAAUUACUGUCUCAAAUAGCCGAAAACUUGGAUGAAAAUGUAAUAUUCAUUCAGUUGUGAUCGCAAAAUGGAAGAGAAAUAUUCGCCCUUAAUAUUCUUUGUCAAUGGCAAAAAAAUCAUUGAGCCCCGUCCCAACCCUGAAGAGACGCUCCUGUCUUAUCUCCGGGAGAAGCUACGCCUCUGCGGCACGAAGUUGGGAUGCGCCGAGGGCGGAUGCGGCGCGUGCACGGUAAUGGUAUCCCGCGUGGACAAGCAGUCGCAGCUUGUGCGCCACCUGGCCGUGAACGCGUGUUUGGCGCCACUUUGCUCCAUGCACGGACUCGCCGUGACCACGGUCGAGGGCAUUGGCAGCACCAGGACGAGGCUGCAUCCCGUCCAGGAGCGCAUCGCCAAGGCACACGGCUCGCAGUGUGGCUUCUGCACGCCCGGCAUCGUCAUGUCAAUGUACGCCACUCUCCGCAACACCCAAGCGCCCACCAUGGCCGAUCUGGAGACCACCUUCCAGGGUAACCUGUGCCGCUGCACCGGCUACAGGCCCAUCAUCGAGGGCUUCCGCACCUUCACCGUCGAUGGUCUUCAGAACGGAUGCGCCAUGGGCGACCAGUGUUGCAAAGUCAACGGCGGUCCGGUGGAGACUCUGUUCGAGCCCAGUCUAUUCGUGCCCUACGAUCCCAGCCAGGAGCCCAUCUUCCCGCCGGAACUCAAGUGUUCAGACGCCUUGGAUCGCCAGAGCCUCGUCUUCCGCGGUGAACGCGUGACUUGGUUCAGACCAACAUCAAUCGACGAAUUGUUGAACCUGAAGAAGAAAUUCCCUGACUCCAAGAUCGUCGUUGGCAACACAGAAGUCGGAGUGGAAGUCAAGUUCAGAAACUGCCUCUUCCCAGUCCUCGUCUCAACAGCCCAAAUCCCAGAACUUAAUCGCAUCUCCGAAACGGAAAAUGCACUCAAGAUCGGCGCUUCCGUGCCUCUGGCCGAGAUGGAAGAAAAACUCCGGCAGUUGAUCGAGGAUCGUCCUGAGCACGAGACUCGCGCCUUCAAGGCUGUUGUCGAGAUGCUUCACUACUUCGCAGGGAAGCAGAUCAGAAACGUGGCCUCAGUCGGAGGAAACAUCAUGCACGGAAGUCCCAUCUCGGACUUGAUCCCCAUCUUCACUGCCGCGCAGAUCGAGUUGGAAGUCAUUUCUGUUGCUGGCGAACCGCGAACCCUUCGAAUGGGUCCCGGAUUCUUCACUGGCUACCGUCGGAAUCUCGUCAAACCUGACGAGAUCCUCGUGUCCUUGCUUCUUCCCAAGACUAGCGAGAAGCAACACAUUGUGGCAUUCAAGCAAGCCCGGCGUCGAGAUGAUGACAUUGCCAUCGUCAACAUAGCCGUUAACGUCAUAUUCGAGCCCCAGUCCAACAAAGUCGCGUCUUUGGAGUUGGCCUUCGGAGGAAUGGCUCCGACCGUUGUCACUGCGCCGAAAUCCUCCGCCGUGGCUCGAGGAAAGCAAUGGAAUUCAGCUCUAGUGGAAGAGAUUUCCGAUGUGCUGGCCAGUGAACUUCCCCUGGAUCCCGGAGCGCCCGGAGGAAUGAUCCUCUAUCGCAGAUCUCUCACCCUCAGUCUCUUCUUCAAGGCCUUCCUGGCCAUAGCAAAGGCACGGAAUUUCGAAAUUCCCGCAGAAGAGAUUAGCGGCGCUGAAACCUUUCACGCACUGCCUCCGAAGUCCACUCAGACGUUCGAGAAAGUGCCCGACGGUCAGGAGCCCUGGAAUCCCAUCCGUCGUCCUCAGGUUCACGCUUCGGCCUUCAAACAAGCAACAGGAGAAGCGAUUUAUUGCGAUGACAUGCCUCGUUUCGAGAAUGAGCUCUACUUGGCUUAUGUAUUCAGCACGAAAUCGCACGCACGAAUCCUCAAUAUCGAUGCCUCGGAAGCUUUGUCUCUUCCUGGAGUAGAGGCCUUUUUCUCCGCUAAAGAUUUGCCGGCAGAAAAGAAUAUCUAUCCAGGAAUGGUUGCUGAUGAGGAAGUCUUUAUAUCUUCUGUUGUCACGUCCCAGGGUCAGACUCUCGGAGUCAUUCUUGCAGAUACCCAAUACUUGGCACAAAGAGCAGCCAAGCUAGUGAAGGUUGAAUACGAAGAGCUUUCUCCACUGACUAUAACCAUUGAGGAUGCCAUAGAGCAAGAGUCUUUCUUCCCAAUGACUCCAGAAGACAUAGUGAAAGGAGAUGUUGAGGAAGCCCUGAAGAAAGCCGAUCAUGUGAUUGAAGGCGAAGUGAGAAUGGGAGGACAGGAGCAUUUCUACUUGGAAACUCAUGCCGCAAUUGCUUCUCCAAGAGAUGCUGAUGAACUGGACAUUUACUGUACUUCACAAGGUCUUAAUCAAGUAAUGUCAUACGUAUCCUUUAUCUUGGAUAUUCCUCGUCAUAAAAUAGUGUGCCAUAUAAAAAGAAUCGGAGGUGGUUUCGGAGGAAAGGAAACAAGACAUCCAUUAAUUGCAAUUCCUGUAGCACUCGCAGCUCACAAACUACGCAGGCCAGUGCGCUGUAUGCUGGACAGAGAUGAAGAUAUGAUGAUUACAGGAACACGACAUCCUUUUCUGUAUAAAUACAAAGUAGGCUUCCGAAAAGAUGGCAAAAUAUCUGCUGUCGAUAUAAAAAUGUUUAACAAUGGCGGUUACAGCUUGGAUUUAUCAAAAGCUGUUUUGGAAGUGUCAAUGACUCAAUUCCUUAAUUGCUACUGUGUCCCUAAUGUUCGAGUUGAAGGAAAAGUGUGCAAGACUAAUCUACCAUCCAACACAGCAUUCAGAGGAUUUGGAAGUCCUCAAGGAAUGCUCGCAGCGGAACACAUAAUCAGACAUGCGGCUCGUGUUCUCAAUAAAGAUUAUAUUGAGAUUGCAGAGCUAAAUCUUAUCAGGAAGAAUGAUUUAACGCACUAUAUGCAAAGAAUAGAAGAUGCAUAUCUUGAGAGAUGUUGGAAAGAAUGUAUAAAAAGUUCCAAUUUCUACGAAAGACGUGAGCAAGUGAAAAAGUUCAAUGCGGAAAACCGUUGGAGAAAGAGAGGAAUUUCAAUAGUUCCUGUGAGCCAUGGCAUAGGAUUUCCUUUUAACAUUUUUAAUCAAGCUUCUGCUCUCGUGAUGAUAUAUACAGACGGAACUGUUCUUAUUUCUCAUAGUGGAAUGGAAAUGGGACAAGGACUCCAUACGAAAAUGAUUCAAAUUGCUUCCACCGAGCUCGGAAUUCCCUUCAAUCAAAUCCACAUUGCUGAGACUUCAACUGACAAGAAUCCAAAUCUUUCGCCAUCAGCAGCAAGUUUCUCUUCAGAUCUUAAUGGUGUGGCAGUAAUAGAUGCAUGUCAUAUACUACUUGAACGAUUAAAUCCGUAUCGAAGGAAACAUCCAGACAAAGGCUGGAUUGAUUGGGUCAAUAUGGCUCAUGAGGAUCAAGUCACUCUUGUUGCAGUUGGAAGAUGCCAAAUGCCUAAGAUAACUGGCUAUAUUGCAGAAAAUGAGACUAACGUAUGUGCUUUUUAUUUCACGAACGGAGCAGGAUGUUCUGAGGUGGAGAUCGACUGCUUGACCGGCGAUCAUCAGGUCAUCAGGACAGACAUCGUGAUGGAUCUGGGAUCCAGCAUCAAUCCGGCCAUCGAUAUUGGGCAGAUCGAGGGCGCUUUCAUGCAAGGCUACGGCCUGUUCACGCUCGAGGAAAUGGUCUACGCGGCCGACGGGACGCUCCUGUCCCGUGGACCAGGAGCCUACAAGCUUCCCGGUUUCGCGGACAUCCCGGCGGAGUUCAACGUUUCCCUCCUGAGCGGCGCCCCCAACCCAAAAGCCGUCUACUCAUCCAAGGCAGUCGGCGAACCGCCACUCUUUUCUGCGGCGUCCGUCUUCUUCGCCAUCAAGGAAGCCAUCGCUGCUGCCAGGAGUCACGAGAACCUGGGCCCCAAUUUCCCACUCACGAGUCCAGCCACAGCGGCUCGCAUCCGGAUGGCGUGCCAGGACAAAUUCACAAGAAAAUUCAAAAAAGCGAAGAAGGGCACUUAUACUCCAUGGAAUGUAAUGCCGUAAAAAUUAUUUCAUUCUUGAAUUGACAUGAAUUAUUGGAAAUAACUUCUGUACCCAUGAACAAUAAAUUUUUUUUUACUCAUCGCUUACUAUAUUGCACUUCACAAGAGGUGACAAACAAACACGAGCAACUUAAAAGGGGAUUAAGAAAUUGAUAAGACAACAGCACAGAAAUCUGAAUAGUGGGGGCAUUUGAGCAAAAAAAAUUAUAUAACAGGUGACUUAUACUUGAGUGUAAGAAUUCAGUUAAGAGUGAACGA